UUCCCUACUCUGCGAAUCAUCACAGUAGUGACGGAAUUAUUUGGUCAGACUCACUUACUACUUGUUUACAAUUUUUUUUUUUUCCUUUCUUUUCUUUAUUUUUUUUCUAUUCAAAGGGUGAUUAAAUAAUUACAAUAAAAACACCUGUAAAAAUGACAGAAAUUAAAAAAGAUGAUGUUGUUAAAAUACUUCAUACUUAUCCACUUUGUAGGAAAUGUGAUAUGACUGAUGAAAUGAAACAAGAAGCGAUGGAAUUAUGUGUAACUGCUGCUGAAAAAUAUGCUGAUAAUUAUGAGAGUGUAUCACGUAUGAUUAAAGAAACAAUGGAUAAAAAAUUUGGUGCAUCAUGGCAUACAGUUGUUGGUGAAGGAUAUGGAUUCGAAAUAACUUAUCAACUUAAACAUCUUCUUUACAUGUUUUGUGCUGGUAAUCUUGCAAUUUGCAUUUGGAAAUCUGCAUAAUAAUUAUAUAUAUAAAUUUAUCAUUAAUUUAUUGAACAUUGUACCUUAAAUAAUUUAAUCAAAAUAACAAGUAUUAUUAUUAUUUAAAAUAAUCUCAGGCAAGAAAAAAAAAAAAAAAGUUA